AUGGAAAUGCCUUUAGGUCAUCCGCAGGCCGGCGGCUCGGACGGACAAGGUAAUAACAGCUUCCUACAACCACAGCCUGAGAAUCAACACAAUACCAUUCCGGUUUCCAACCCUCCUGUCCAACAUGGCUCGACACUGCAAAUACCAAGGGGACCGCCUCCUUCAUCGCGCAACGCCACAAUAACCGGCAGGAAGCCAAUGUCAAGCAAUCACAAAGUCGCGAUACCCCGCCAACGGACGGGUACUGCCCCUCGCUAUAGUCGCCGUGUGCCCUUGGCAUGCGAAACCUGCAGACUCCGGAAAACGAAAUGCAGUGGCGAUACUCCAAUCUGCAGACAGUGUGCGGAACUCAGGGUUGGAUGCCGCUACCCGGUCUCAUGGCGCGAGCGGACGAAAGGAGAACUUGCUAAGCUAUCGGCCAAGUCGGAGGACUAUGAGAGCCUGCUGCGGGAAUUAAGCUACCUUGUCGACGGCAGGACCUCGGAACGGAUUAAGAAUAUCCUCGACAAGUACUCGGAUUCCGGAGAUGGCAUGUUUAGUGAUCAACAGUCCGCAAACUCGGCGGCGGCUUCUGCAGCGGAUGAGGAGCCAGAGAAUGAGCUCGAAAGCCUCCCGUCAUCCAUUGGAUCAUUGGACGCCAUCGACCGUGUGGAUGAAGAUCUAAAUCGCAGUCCGAGCUCCCGAGCGACGGGUUAUAUGGGGAAGAACUCAGAAGUCACCUGGCUACAGCGACUGCGAAGGGAGGCCGAACACCGCGCACGCAAAUUAUCAGGGGCCUCUGAGCAUAGACCGGAUCAUGAAUUCUCGAUACACUCCGUGAACUACCAUUUGGAUGACGUGGAUAUAUCACCCCCUGGACCUGUGCACCUGUAUUGGAUGCCGCCUCGAAAUGUCGCAGACAAACUUUUCGAGGAUUACCUGGAUACGAUCCACCCUGUCUUUCCUAUUCUCGGCCGGACGCUCUUUUCUGCGCAGUAUAGGAAUUUCUUCGAUAAUUCGGCGCGACCGGGAGAUAAGUGGUUGGCCAUCCUUAACCUAAUAUUUGCCAUCGCCUCCUAUCAUGCUCACCUUAUGCACGCCCCCUGGCGUGGAGAUGAGCGUGAUCAUCUUGUGUACCUUGCUCGCGCUCGGGCUCUCAGUAUGAAUAGCGAUACACUCUUCACUCACCCGGAUCUCCAGCAGGUACAGGUUGAAGCUCUCAUGGCUUUUUAUUUACUGUCGACCGAUCAAAUCAACCGUUCUUGGAGAAUCGCAUCACUAGCCCUUCGGUCCGGUAUAUCCCUUGGCCUCAACCUGAGAAACACCAGCGAGCUCACUCCCGAUGUGUCAAAGGAGGCUCGGUAUAGGGUAUGGUGGUGUCUUUAUACCUUUGAACAUUUGCUUGGGAUCAUGACCGGGCGAAUGACGGGCAUUUCGGAUGGUAUUUGCACGACACCAAUGCCACUCCCCGUGGGCGAGGAACGCUUUCAAGACCCAGAGGUGGUUCAAUUGCUCGGCAAUCUAGAACUCCGUCAAGAGCGCGUGGAAUCCGCCCUGGCGAGCUCCUUUGUACGGCAGAUGCCUCUGAACCCACAAGACGACGCCCCUGAUCUGCACGGUUUGGCAAAGAUUCCUGGAUCCACCCAACUAAAGGGUCUUCCCCAUAACUGUUCUCUAUUCUUUCUCUAUUACGUUGACCUCGCUGUUAUCACACAGGAGAUUGUAAACCGUGUGUAUUCUCUGGAUUGCAUCAUGACUCCUUGGGCCCAAAUAGAGAAUCGCAUCGGAGAGCUUCGCGCGCGGGUCGAGCGUUGGCAUUCGAACCUCCCCGACAUAUACGACUGGAGAAAUAGAGAUGAGCAGAGCCCAGAUUUGCUCCGUGCGAGGCUUUGCCUAGCGUUCGGUUUUCAUAGCGCACGCAUCACAUUGGGUCGGCCUUGCUUGUGUCGCCGCGACGUUCGACGCUCCAGCAUGCCAUUUCAGAAAAAGACCUUUAGCCACGAGCUGGCGCUGACCGUCUUAGAGUCGGCACAGCAACUGAUUGGCCUUCUUCCCGAUGUACCCGAUGCUUCCAGAAUUUAUCAGCUCUGUCCCUGGUGGUGUGUAUUGCACUAUCUCAUGCAAGCUACCACCGUCCUUCUUCUUGAACUUUCCUUCGGCAGCGUUCAUAUGCCCGACGAAGAGAAGACUUUCCUUGAGGCAGCUAAAAAGGCCAUUCGUUGGAUACACGCUAUGUCGAAAUAUAGCCUCGCUUCCCGCCGCGCUUGGGAACUGUGUGAUGGAAACCUUCGCCGGCUCGCCACUGGUCUGAACUUGGACGUGAGCGAUAUACCUGCGGUAGACUAUCAACUAGAUCUAGACGACAGCACCCGGCGUCCUCACUUUCUACAAGUCAAUCCCAACUUCAUCCCUCCGACCUCCGCAGCAACAAAUCCCCCACCUCCAUCCACUACGCCCAUCGUCCACUUUUCACCUUCCGGCGGCGCAGAGAGCCAGCAAGAACAGCAACCACCUUCUCAAGAUUUUACUGCCCUUCAACAUCUGCAAUCCCCAUCCAUGCACCUGCCUGUUUCAACUGGUGCUGCAUCUCUGGAGCCCCCACAAACUGGAAGCCCGUUCUUCUUCCCUCUGGACACCUCCACCGGACCUUCGAGCGACAUGUAUUUUCCUUAUGACCCAAUCACUGGUGAAUUCAUCAGAUCAUUCUUCCCCGCGUCCAACGACGAGGAGCCGUGGAAUGGCGAGUAUUAA